CAGCCAAGAUGGCGCAGACGGGCGCAGGCGGCGGCACGGCCGGUCCGUGCACGCUGCCCAUGCUGCCGGUGCUGCUGCUGUUCCUCCCGGGGCUGGCGGCCGGUCCCGCCGGGAUGCUGCAGCCCCGGGACACCCCCUCCCGCGAGCGCAGGGAGCUCGGCGGCCUCUGGAGCUUCCGCGCCGAUCUGUCUCCGGGCAGGGACGCCGGGUUCGCGCAGCGCUGGUACCGGCGGCCGCUCCGGCAGAGCGGGCCUGUGAUCGACAUGCCGGUGCCUGCCAGCUUCAACGACAUCACGCAGGACCCCAGCCUGGAGAAUUACAUCGGCUGGGUGUGGUACGAGAAGGAGGUGCUGCUGCCCCUGCGCUGGCUGCAGGGCCAGCCCGCCCCCAGGGUGGUGCUGCGCUUCGGCAGCGCCCACUACUACAGCAUCGUGUGGGUGAACGGGGUGCAGGUGGUGGAGCACGAAGGGGGGCACCUGCCCUUUGAGGCUGACAUCAGCAGCGUGGUGCAGGGCAGCCCGGGCUCCCUGUGCCGCAUCACUGUGGCCCUCAACAACACCCUGAGCCCCCACACGCUGCCCCCAGGCUCCAUCCAGUACAUGGCUGACAAAUCCAGGUACCCCAAGAACUAUUUUGUGCAGAACACCAAGUUUGAUUUCUUUAAUUAUGCUGGGAUCCACCGCCCCGUUGUGCUGUACACCACUCCUGCUGCCUACAUCGACGACAUCACUGUGACAACCAUCUCAUCAGACAGUCUGGCCAGGGUGCAGUACCAGGUGUCAGUGGCUGGCAGCACUGACAGUUCCUUGUCCCUGAGUUUGCGUGACCAGGAGGGGAAGGUGGUGGCCACAGGUGAUGGCCCAGAGGGAGAGCUCAAAGUCCUCAACCCCAACCUCUGGUGGCCUUACCUGAUGCACGAGAACCCUGGGUACCUGUACUCCUUGGAGGUGAGGAUGCAGGCCCAGCUGGACGGGGCCCUGCUGGAGGACGUGUACACGCUGCCCGUGGGCAUCCGCACCGUGCACGUCACCAGCAGCCAGUUCCUCAUCAACGGCCGCCCCUUCUACUUCCACGGGGUCAACAAGCACGAGGAUGCAGAUAUCCGUGGCAAAGGCCUGGACUGGCCCCUGAUUGUGAAGGAUUUCAACCUGCUGCGCUGGCUGGGCGCCAACUCGUUCCGCACCAGCCACUACCCGUACGCCGAGGAGAUCAUGGACCUGUGUGACGCCUACGGCAUCGCCGUCAUCGACGAGAGCCCGGGGGUGGGCAUCAAACUGCCGGAGAGCUUUGGGAACAGGUCCCUGCAGCACCACCUGGCAGUGAUGGAGGAGCUGGUGCGCAGGGAUAAGAACAGGCCCUCCGUGGUCAUGUGGUCGGUGGCCAACGAGCCGGCCUCAGAGCUGCCCCCAGCUGCUCACUACUUCAAGACAGUGAUAGCUCACACUAAAGCCCUCGACCCCUCCAGACCCGUCACCUUUGUGACAGAUGCUAAUUACGCUCUUGAUCGUGGUGCUCCCUACGUGGAUGUGAUUUGUGUGAACAGCUACUUCUCCUGGUACCAUGACCCAGGGCACCUGGAGGUGAUCCCACUGCAACUCACAGCCCAGUUUGAGAACUGGUACAAAACCUACCAAAAACCCAUUAUCCAGAGUGAAUAUGGAGCAGACUCAGUGCCUGGGCUGCACAGUGACCCCCCCAUGAUGUUCAGUGAGGAGUACCAGCAGGCCAUGCUCAGGGAGUACCACUCUGUGCUGGACAAGAAGAGGAAGGAGUACGUGGUUGGGGAGCUCAUCUGGAAUUUUGCUGAUUUCAUGACCAAUCAAGGCACCACCCGAGUUCUGGGUAACAAGAAGGGAAUCUUCACCCGGCAGCGCCAGCCCAAAGCCGCCGCCUUUGUCCUUAGGGACAGGUACUGGAGGAUUGCAAACGAGUCAAGCUGUCUUCCUCCUGCAACAUCAUCACAUUCCCUCUUCCUAAAAUGAAAACAAAGGGUUUAGUGGCUGGGGAUGAUGCUGAACUCGUUAUUAAAUCUCUGUUUAAAUAAGUUCUAUGCCUGAUUCAAGUCUUGCAAGUCCAGUGCGAUUUCUAGUCCACCUGAAGUAGUUA